AGUAAUUUGACAUUUGCUAUUAUUUAUUAUUGUUGAGUAUUUUUUUAUAAAAUAUAGGUACAUAAUAUCAAAAUCUUUUGAAAAAGAUAAUUGAAAUAAAGUAGAAAUGAGAGUUCCAACUGAAAUUUUAAUGAGAAGCAACGGCAGGUGGCCCCAAGAUGUAAAAAAAGUACCCUUCCAAGAAAUUUUGCCUUUGAGGUUAAAGAACAGAGUUAGUGGAAAGGCUGAUUCAAUAUCAGAGGUUGAGUGUUUGCAAGAGAUGGCUAUUCUUUUCGCUUGUAUGAAGGAUAAUGAAUUUGCAGAAAAAUAUUGUCAAAAAGAAAUCUCAAAUUUCCAGAAAUGCUUUAAAUUUCAUAUGGACAAAAAUUUCCAAGCUAAACAACAAGAAAAUCUUGGGAUUAUUGUUCCUGGAAGAAAUUUAAAUUACAGACAACUUAAUAAAUAUAUGAGAGGAUAUCCGAAUCCUUUAUAGAUAAUUUGUUUGUUUUUUUUUUUUAGCUGCAAUAAAGAAAAAUUGGAAGAUUUAAAAUUUUUUGUUCAUUUUUUU